AUGAAUUGUGAAAAACCAAAAUCUGAAUGUGCAUAUAAGCCAGGGAAAUGGUUGGCAUAUAAACUGAGGAAAGGAGAAAAGAAUGAUAUUUCUCCCUCAAACUCCCUGUGCUACUUCUACCUGGAACUCCUAGAGUCCACUCAGGAGCUGCUCCAGUACUUCAUUAGGGCCAACUUGGAUGGCCAACCCAUCACUCGCUUUGACAGCCCCACCAGGAUGAUGGAGCCUCUGGUGCCCUGGAUGGAAGAGAAGGAGAAUAAGACGUUUCUGGUCCCUGAAUGGAUCUUUAGUGGUGACCUGAAGAAAAUAUCCAAACUGGACCACCCAACUGAAGGGCUUCACUCCUGGCAGGCGAUUUGGGGCUGUGAGAUCAUGGACAAUGGGAGCAAAAGAGGGUUUUUGCACUAUGGCUAUGAUGGGAUGGACUUCAUCAGCUUCGAUAAUGAGACCAUCAGAUGUGGGUCAACUCAGCCCCAGGCCCAGAAGGUCAAGGAGAAGUGCGGGAAGGAUCCAAGAAGGUUCAAGAAAAACAAAGAUUUCCUGGAGGAGACCUGCAUUGAGUGGCUGCAGAGAUUCCUGUCCUACAAGAACAAGGCUCUGCAGAGGACAGAUCCUCCAUUGGGGAAAUUGACACACAAGGUGGUGGAUGACAGCCUGGAGGUCCUCAUCUGCCAGGCCUUUGGCUUCUACCCCAAGGAGAUCCAGGCCACCUGGAGGAGGGAUGGAGAGGUCUGGAAGAAUGGGACCCUCUAUAGGAAUGUGGCCCCCAACUCAGACGGGACCUAUUAUCUCUGGCUCAGCAUUGAGAUCGACCCCAAGGAGAGGGACCACUUUCAGUGGUACCUGGAGCACGAGGGCUUGCGGGAGCCCCUGGUCUUGGCCUGGAAAGAAGAAACAGGUGAGAGGUUGGAUGGUGAAGACAUGGAUAAGUGUCAUCUCUACUGUUCAGAUAGAGCUGUGAUAUCUAGUCCUGCAUUUGGCAGUGGGAGAGAUGAGAUGAUCUGGAAAUCUGGAAAGAUNAGAGGGCUGGACUAG